GAAGAGAACUGGUAUGCCCUUGCACGCGACGUGCCGAGAAUUUCAGCCUAACUCUCAAGGCUGAGGUAUGGACUGGACCCGCAUCGUGAACCGAGGCUGUGGCUCGUUGAUCUCCGCAACCGCCGCCGGCGAUCUGAAAGUAGGUGGGCAUGUUUAAUUUAUAAAGUGUAUUGCCUACUAGCAGACUGGUCCACGUAAUAUUGGAAGCACCAUUAUCACACUUUUAGCGUUCCUUCACAUCCAUCAUGGCUAGUCGUGAGGCAGAUCGGCAGAAGGCCAUGGCAGCUGUUCAGGCCAUGUUUGACAGGUACAAGCUGCUUGCUGCCCAAAGGCCGCGGGAUCACGUUGACUUUGACCAUGAAGUCAUGGAGAACUUGAAAAUGGUCGACGCUGGUCUCGAUGGUUCUGUCGAGUACGAGCUGUACAUGGCGCCCAACUUUUCGAACCUCAAUAAUGUCAUGCACGGCGGCGCGGCAGGCGUGAUAUUCGACAUGGCCACCACUACAGCACUAUGUCCCGUCGCAAGACCGGGGUUCUGGCAGUUCAUGGGCGGCGUGACACGGACACUCAACAUAUCUUACCUGAAAGCAGUACCAAUUGGUGCGACGGUUCGACUCAGCAGCAAAGUGGUGAGCGUGGGGAAGCAGAUGGCUAUGAUCAAGGGCGUCAUGACCAGUCUAGAUGGCAAGACAAAAUACUGCACGGCUGAGCACCAUAAAGUGAACACGCCAGUGCAGGCACAACAUGUGCAGGUGAGGGUACCGUGGGAUGAUGAGUUUGAUCGGGAAUGGGGUGUAGUCAAAGGGAAGACUGAAAUAGGCGUGAAGAGUAAGAUGUAG